AUGUUCAACUCGGCAGCGCCGCCGUCGGAAUCGGAUGGAGGCGCCGAGGGCGCAAAGCGCCGUAGGAUAGCGAGAGCUUGCGACAUGUGCAGGAAGAAGAAAAUCAAAUGCGAUGGAAAACUCCCCGCCUGCACCCACUGCGUCAACUACAAGACUGAAUGCGUCUUCACCCUGGUCGAGAAGAAGAGGAAUCCUCCUAAAGGGGCAAAGUAUAUCGAAGGUCUGGAGAAUCGUCUCGGACGUAUGGAACAUCUUCUCAAGCUGUCCGGGCUUCUUUCUGAGGGAGACGAGAACUCGGUGGACCUAGGAGACCUUGAGCGACGGUUACAGGAGUCGGCGGCUUCGUCACAAGCUCCACCGUCACUCAUCGGAAGGUCCUCGUCCGAAUCCGCGCAUGGAACGCCCGCAUCGUCUACGUUGCAGAGUAAUUCUGGCUCCCCUACGGUAUCAAAAGAUAUAGUUGAGGUUGAAGUUCUUUCAGAUCAAAUGUGUUCACUGGUCACGAACAACUGCGGCGAGACAAGGUUUAUUGGGUCAUCAUCGGGAUUCUCGAUAUUCUCGCCCCAAGGAAUACAGUGGGUAAACGAAAAGACCGGCGACACCAGCUUCCAGCAGAUGAUCCAGGAAGCUACGGAGGAGCAACAGAAGAAACCGUUUUGUAUGUGGAAUACCGAUAUGUGCGGCGAUCUGUUCGACCAUCGUGGGAAAAGUCCACCACCACCGAAGGAAGUCGCGUUGCAGUUAGUGCAAGAUUUCUUCGGUGGCUUCAAUGUGCUAUUUCCGUUGUUCCAUAAGGCGUCAUUCGAGAUUCUCUUCGAUAGACAGUACACCGACAACCCACCAACAGACAGUGGAUGGUAUGCGGCUUUCAAUAUGGUUCUAGCCAUCUCUUGUCGAUUACGGAUUUCACAUACACCGGUCCCGCCCGCCGAUGCGCCAAUACCCGUCGUCCGCCAUGUUCGGGAGGCGUGGGGAUAUUUCCAGAAUGCGGCAACAGUGCUUACAGAACUAUUGCUCAGGAAUACUGACCUGAUGAGCAUACAAGCCAUUCUGGCGAUGGCGUUAUUCAUGCAGGGAACUGCAAAUCCACAACCGUCCUAUUUUCUGAUUGCCGCGGCCGUCAGGAUCGCAACAAGUAUCGGCAUGCACCGGCGGGGGAGUUCGUUCGGACUUCAUACACUCGAGGUUGAGCAGAGACGGCGGAUAUUCUGGAUCCUGUACAUGCUCGACAAGGACAUGGCCCUGCGAUCUGGACGCCCACCAUGCAUCAACGACGAUGACUGCAACGUUGAGCUACCGGAUGAGCAUCCUCUGGACGGAGUCGGCGACGUUCCCCUCAUCAAAUCCAAGGGCAAAUUCAACCUUUUCCGGUGCAUGGUUGAAUUCUCGGUAAUCCAGAGCAAGGUCUACAUGCAACUCUAUUCGGCUAGGGCGUCGAAGCAGUCUGACGGCGAGUUGCUGAAUACGAUCGGUGAGUUGGACAAGGAGCUGGAAGAGUGGAGGGAGGCUGUUCCAGCCGAGUUCGGUCCCGACAACGAACUGCUUUUUGAGGAGGAAAGCGCUAAAAUGAUGCACGUCGUGCUCCUCCACUUCGCCUACUACAACUGCCUCACGACAAUACACCGGAUGUCCAUUCACCACGGAUACUGGACGAGCCGGCUGUCUAACUAUGCUAUAUCUGGUCUAAGUGCUAAGCCCCUUAACCCUCGGGUCUUCUCGAGUGCAGCUUUGUGCGUCUCGGCUGCAAGGGCAUCCAUCAGUCUGAUCAAGUAUCUGGACCCGCUGGAUUACCCCUGCAUAUGGCUUGUGAUGUAUUAUCCGGUCUCGGCCCUCGUUACCCUAUUCGCGAACAUCCUCCAGAAUCCGCAGGACCCACGAGCAAGAGUCGACCUCACGCAGAUGCACAUCGUGGUGCAGUUCCUCCGCAGCGUUCUGGAUCUCGACGAGAUGGACGACCAUGCGUUGACGUUUGAGGACGGUUCCGUCAAACGCAUGCUGGUUGUGUGCGGAGAAUUCGAGCGCAUCGCAAAGAUCGUGCUCGACAAGGCGGAGAAGGAUGGCCUGGGCAAGAAGAAGCGGAAGGCGGACGAUCAUCACCACCGGAAUCCUCGCCCCGAGCCACGGAGACCGGAACCCGUCGAUAAACCGGCCACUUCGCAAACUCAAACAACAGUUCCGGAUGGAGCAGCGAACGUUCAUGGCCUGCAGAUGGACAUGAACUCUCAGGUACGGUGCCCCUCGGGGUCAUUGUUUGGCGGCGACCUAGUCCAGGCGCUCUCGCCGGGAAACUCGCUUUCGUGGUUCAACGAUAUGGGAUCGGCUCCAUCGACGCCGACCAACAUAGUGCACACACCAAACCUGCCGCUCGUGUCCGGAAACUCGUUCGAGCAGCCGUUUGUCCCACAAGAUCUGUGGCAGAUGCCAAUGACCUUCGAGUGGGAUUGGGCAGACGUCAGUGGCCAGGCCCCUUGGCCCGAAGGAAAUAAUGGUACCAUGUAG